CGUUUGGUGCGUUUUGUCGACCAACUGACCACGGAGGGACUUAAUUCCUCUUGUUUGAAAGCUCCGUUGACGCUUUUCCCUUUUUUAACUUGCUUGCUAAUAACCGUCUUUGUGAUGCGGUUGUCAUUUUGGACCCGGAAAUAUCGUUUUUGAACGCGUAUCGACCGCCCUUUAGAAAUAAGAUUAAAGGCUCUCAUGCUGAUGACUCACUUAAAAAAAAAAAAAAAAAAAAGUGGUGGCGAACGAAAGUUGCGUUUCCCAAAAAGUAAUCCAAGAGAAACUACCAAAGGCAGCGUCACUCCGAGCAACAUGGCGCUGCGCUGACUAAUUGCCACUUUUAAAGAUCUUUUGAGCGAGGAAAAAAUACAUCCGCGCCGUGCCAACUGCCCGCUUUGGUCUCUUUUGGUGCGCACACGCGAGAUUUAGUGAAUUAAAUCCAAAGUGUGCACGGGGCGAGCGCGUGCGGGUUUUUUUCCGCCGCAGUUUGGGGUGUGUGCAAAGUACAUGAGACGCUGCCGAAUGCCGAGGCAGCCUGCUCCUCAGCCUCCCUCCUCUUCCUCUCCCCCCCCCGCGCGACAACAUCCGCUUUCACUUUGAUCGCUUUGUAUGAGCAAAAUGGUGCAGUUGAGCUGCCUUUUAUUGCUCGUUGCAGCCCUUUUAUUCGGGCGGAUUAAAAUGAAGGCUGAGCUGGAUGAGACAAUCCCUCAAAAAUAGAUUUAAAUCAGAUCGACGGCGUCAAUUGAGGACUUGAAGGAAAAGCCAGAGGUCGAAUAAGCAGCGGCGGCCGCGGGUGUUGGAAUCGGAGGAAGCUCCCGGCCGGCCAGGGCACCUCUGCGGGCGCUUGGGACGAAGCGUGCCAUGCGCUGACGAGGUCUCCAGCUUGCAAGGAUGCAGUCGCUGGCCCAGGAUCAGGCGCCCAAGCCGCCCGCCUGUCCUAUUAACGGGAAGGAGGGGGAGGAGCUCCACUCAGAGGCGGAGGCCGUGGAGGAGCAAGUGGAGGAGGUGGAGUUUAACUGGCAGGAGCACAUGGAGGAGAUGGGGGCCGCCAGCGCCCCACACGGCGCCUUCAAACACGUGGAGGUGAGCCUGCAGAGCAGCUUCCAGCCCGGCAUGAAGCUGGAGGUGGCCAACAAGGAGGCGCCCGACACCUACUGGGUGGCCACGGUGGUGGCCACGUGCGGCCAGCUGCUGCUGCUGCGCUUCAGCGGCUACGCCGACGACCGCAGGGCCGACUUCUGGUGCGACGUCAUGACCGCCGAGCUGCACCCGGUGGGCUGGUGCGCCCGCAACCGCAAGACCCUCGCGCCCCCCCAAGCCAUCAAGGAGAAGCACGCAGAUUGGACCGAGUUUCUGGUCGGCGACUUGACCGGCUCCAGGACGGCGCCGGCGAACCUGCUCGAGGGGCCGCUGCGAGGGAAGAACACAGUGGACCUGAUGGUCCAGGGAUCGGUCCUGGAACUCCGCGACGCGUCGGACCCCUUUCUGUACUGGCCGGUGCGCGUGGUCCGCAACGUAGGCGGCCGGCUCCGUCUGCGCCUCGCCGGCCUGUCGGACGAGCACCGGGCUCGCGACGCGUGGCUCUUUUACCUGGACAUCAGGCUGCGACCCCUCGGCUGGGCCCGGGAGAACCGGCUGGCUUUGGAGCCGCCCACAGAAUUGCAAAGUCUCAACAGCGCCGCCGAGUGGCAGCAAGCUUUGGAGGACGCCAGACGAGACGGAGAGACGAGCGCCGUGCCGCCGGAGGUGUUCAAGGACCACGCCGACCUGCCUGCGCACGCCUUCAAGGUGGGCAUGAAGCUGGAGAUGCUUUCUCCGUGGGAGCGCCUGCAGAUCUGCCCCGUUUGCGUCACCAAGGUUUUCGAUGAAAACUACUUCCAAGUCACCGCGGACGACCCGGCGGGCGACGGCGAGCCGCGCUCCGCGUUGUGUCACGCCAACUCUCCGGGCAUCAUGCCCAUCCAGUGGUGCCUGAAGAACGGCGUGGCUUUGGGGCGGCCGCGCGGCUACCGGGCCCCAGACUUUGACCGGGCCGACUACCUCGAGCAGAGCGGCGCCGAAGCCGCUCCCGACACCUGCUUCCCCGACGCGUGGCAGACUCGGCCGUUCGCCCAAGACGCGUGGCUGGAGACGGCGCACCCCGAGCGGCCGGCGGAGAUCUGCGUGGCCCGGAUCACUCGAGUGCGAGGACGUCUCUUGUGGCUUCGACUGGAAGGUGUGCCCAAGCGCUGUUGCGAGACCAUCGUGGACGUGGAGUCCAUGGACAUCUUUCCCGUGGGCUGGUGUGAGGCCAACGCUUACCCCCUCAACCCGCCCCUCGGAGCUGCCUGUGUCAAAGAACGGAAGAUGGUCGUGGUCCAGCCGGAGCAAGAAUUGGCGCCGCAGCCGUCGCUCGCCGCGGAGCCCCCUCCGGCAGCCUAUCGCUGCCAGCCUGCCCCCAACGACGCAGCCGGCGGUCGCUACUGCUGCUCCAAGGUGUUUGUCAACCACCGCUGCUUCUCGGGGCCGUACCUCAACAAGGGCCGCAUCUCCGAGCUGCCGCAGACGGUGGGGCCUGGCAAGUGCACUCUGGUUCUCAAAGAGGUCCUCACCAUGCUCAUCAACGCCGCCUACAAGCCCGGCCGCGUCCUCAAGGAGCUGCAGGAGCUGGAGGAUCCCAGCUGGGACUGUCAGGAGGAGACCCUGAAAGCCAAAUAUAAAGGGAAAACGUACCGAUCCAGCAUCAAAAUCGUCCGCCUGGCCGAGCUCAUCCCGGACUUUUGUCGCCAAGUGUGCGUCAAGCUGCAGUGCUGCCCCAACCUCGUGGGCCCCGCCGCGCUCGUGCCCGGGAAGUGCCCGGAGAGCUGCUUUGUUCAGACCAAAACCAAAUACACUUAUUACUAUGGCAAGAAAAGGAAGCUGCCCAAGCCGCCUGGAGGCGAGGACGCCGCCGCCGCCGCCGCCACAGCAGCAGGAGAGCCGCUCAAACCAAAGCGCAAGAAGAGGAAGAGCAUUUUUGUGCAGAAAAAGCGCCGAUCUUCAGUGGUGGAUUUGACUCCUGCUGGCUCAGGACAGGAAAGCGAGGAAGACGAAGAGGACGGGGCGUCGCCAUCGGGCAGCGAGGCCACCACCAGCUCGGAGCCGCGCGACGACCUGACGGACGCGUCCUCGGUGGAGACCGUCGGGGGCCGCCCGCGUCGCGCCACGGCCCUGUGCAAGGUCGAGCCCCAGGGCACCAGCAAUGGCGGCGCCGGCAGCCAGGAGGCGCCAGAGGGCCGACGGCGGUCUGCGCGCCAGCUCCUCGGCAAGUACCAAGCAUCCAAAGACGAAGACGCGCAGCCAACUGGUACACAGGAGGAGGAGGAGCCCCUGGUUCUGGACGGAAACCCACUGGAGUGGAGCGUGCAAGAGGUGGUCCAGUUCAUCAACUCCACUGACUGCGCAUCGCUGGCCAGCAUCUUCCAGGAGCAGGACAUCGACGGCCAGGCCAUGCUGCUGCUGACGCUGCCCACCGUGCAGGAGUGCAUGGAGCUGAAGCUCGGGCCCGCUGUCAAGCUUUGCCACCACAUUGAGCGCGUGAAGGUGGCUUUUUACCGGCACUAUGCCAAUUGACAUUGCGUUUGUUUCCCAAGCGGCGUGAGGACCGUCAAAAACAUGCCAAGAAAGCACAUAGCACAAAAUCGAUUUUCAUUUAGUGCUCUUGGAUGGCACGAGUCGCCGUUUUUUUUAUAGUUUAGGUGGGGGGGGGGGGGGGGGGGGGCGACUUAUAUGUGAAUUUUUUAUAUGUGAAGAUUUUCCAAAAUGAAACCGUGACGUGGCAAGGGUCAAUUGAAUUUCAAAGGACAAAGAUUGAUCACGGGAUGACGAUGAGCCUCACGUGCUACCGUCGUCAUUAGCGGCUUUGUAAGUGACACGGAGGACGCUACGGAGCUCUCUUUCACCUCAGUGGAUGGAAGUCUGGGACCGGCGCUCGGCCGGGAGGCUGUCCGGGGACGGUGGAUGGGGCUCGGGCAUGGCUUUUACGCACGCCCCGUCCUAUUAUACGGAGCUCUCGUCCACCUCCGGUAUUUGGACUUUUUAUCGCCACGCUCUUUUACGUUUCCUGUAAUUUUUAAUUUAUUCUAUACGUUACCAAGAGUUGCUCCUCUUGUUUGUUCGCUGUGUCAACGUUGAGCGACUGCUGUUUUUUUGUGAUCAUCUAUGCAAAUGUCUUGUUUGCUGAUAAGUUAUCAAAUAAAUUUCUAUUCCUUUCUA